UAUUGAAUAAUAACAUGCACGAAAAACCUCAUUUUCAGCAUUUUGAUGAUCACGAACCCUGCCAGCCUCAUAAAGCUAGCUUUCGUUAUCUCAGUUCCACAUUUUGACCCCGUAGAUUUUUGCACUGCACAGUGACUUGGGUUAAUCUCACCUCAUUAACAACACGGGACUAAGUUAGUCCUAAGAAACAGUAUCAUGUGCUAUGUAUGUAGUUCUUACAUAACAGAAACGGGCUCAGGGUGACGACGUGAAAAUAUCAUCAUAGUCAAUUCUACUGGUAACAGCGUCCAGCCAUCGCCUCUGCUUCCGGUCAGACGACAGCGUUUAUCUUCCGGGUAUCACAUGGUCAAUUGACAGUAGAGGCGUUCUGAUGGCAUAUUACUUCUUUUAAUGAAUAUAUCUACUUUACUAGCCAUUGCUCGAUCCUUGAUCCUUGAUUAGCUGCAACUUGCAAUAGUUCCGCUCUACCAGUUUGGCAAAGGGAUAUACAGUGAAGCAGCGAUGUCUUUACGACAAUGGUGGGACGAGCACAAACACGAGCCUCGUCUGAUCGUCUCCGUGGAACCUGCCAUCUUCUUCUUCAUGCUGUCGUUGUUCAUCACCCUGCCCAGUGUCCAGGCACUCUUCAUACAGAAAGUGUGUCUCAGAGAGUUUCACUCCGAGAUGGUCUGCCAUAACCUGACCAACAACCCAGAGAAGAUGGACUACGUCCAGAGCAAGGUGUCCAGGUGGGUAUUGCUGAACACCUGUUCUGAGACGUUCCCAUCUAUGAUUACGGCUGUCUUCAUGGGGUCUUGGGGCGACAACGUCAACCGGAAGAUACCGAUCGUCGUACCAGCCGUGGGAGGUCUGCUGAUGAUGGUAAACCUGGUCUUGAACUCGUUCUACAUGAACUGGCACCCGGCCUUUAUUCUGAUCAGUAACUUCGUGUACGGAGUUCUAGGGGGCUUCGCCUCGUUCUUAAUGGCGGUGUUCAGCUAUGUGUCUGUGAUCUCAGGUGGUGAAAAGGAACGCUUAAUACGCAUCAGUAUUUGUGAGGGGUUGAUGCAGCUGAGCGGCGCUGUGGGGUUUGCUCUCUCUGGACUCCUUGUCAAAUACACGGGGUUUACCUACACCUUUGUCUUCACAAUGGCCUCGAUGGGCGUGGCACUUUUGUAUUCUGUUCUAUGGAUAAAGAACCCACCGCCAGUAGGUGGCAGAGGUGUAGGUACAGAAGAACCCAGGUCUUUGUGUGCCAGGCUGUUUGACUGCAAACAUUUCGUCGCCGCCGUGAAAUGUUACUUCGUGAGGCGGGAAGGGUACAAACGACUGAUCCUCUGGCUGUCCCUGGUUGCCUUCAUGAUAGGAAUGAUCACCAUAGGCGGUGGAGCGGACGUCUGUCUUCUGUACCUAAACUACACAAUCCCUGGCUGGAACCUGGUUCUGUACGGUAUCUACAAUGCUCUCAGGAUGAUUCUGAUGACGAUCUUCCUACUCUUCAUUCUGCCAGUGAUUAAAAGGUUCUUUUCCAUUCAAGACACAACAGUGGGUAUAAUAGGACUUGUCAGUAACACAGCUGGGCAACUGUUACUGGCUUUCUGCAAAACUAUAUGGAUGGUUAUGUUGGUCCCUGUUGUUAACAUGCUGGCAGGCGCAGGGUCCACUGCUUUAAGAGCCAUCAUUGCUAAAAUGGUCAGCGUGAAUGAACAAGGUAAGGUGUUUGCAUUUGUGGGUGUUGCGCAGUCUUUGAGUAUGUUAAUAGCCAGCCUCAUAUUCAACAACUUGUACCCAGCGACGUUACACUUUUUCCCUGGUCUAACAUUCCUGGUCUGUGCCUUUCUACUGAUGGUUGCCGUAGGACUUACCAUUAUAAUCCGUGUUUACAUCCCAAAGGAAGGAAUACAGAUGUCCCAAUAUGCUUCACAGGAAAAAUCCCCACUCCUAGUGAAUGAAGACACAAGUUAGUUCAAGCUCUUUGUAGAGUGUACAAGUUGCAUCAAAUUUGCAUGCUGCACAUUUGUUACACUUAAUCAAAGUAUCCAGAACCAACAAUCGUAUAAAGCACGGCAUAAUUCUGUUCCUCAUGUGUCAGAACUUGGUCAUGGACACUUCUAUGGCAUGUAGGGGACUGGCAGUUCCUACAUUAUAUUAUUUUGCAGACCAGCAUAAGGAUUUUCCAAGUUGUACGUUUUAUAUUUAUUUUCAAAGUUAUUUAAAUUAAAUGGGUUUAAAAGGGCUGCAGCAGAAUAAAUUUUAUCUCCUCACUUAUGUACUGCCAUUGUUUUUGUGAAAUGAAAACUGACAUUCAAAUUGUUGUCCAACAGAAAUUCUGCAAUUAACCUCCCAUCAUAUUUUGCAAAUCACAAUAAUUUUGCAGCACAGAAUAUUUCGAUUUUCAUAGCCGUCACUGCAGUCCAACACUUCUUGCAAAUCAACCUUAUGGCAUCUUACACUGUAUGCUUUCCACAAAAGGGUAUACAGAGUUCACCUGAACCCCAGGACACAGAUGGGAAUUUACUGGCACAAGAUAUGUAUUACAGCUUUUUCUUUUUA